UGAAAGAACUAGUUUAAACAUUGAUAUAACUGUAUAAGAUCAGUAUUACAAUAAUACUUAAUAUUGAUGCGUAACAACGAAGAAAAAAAAGGAAGUGUGCUGAGACUGUAGCAGCUUAAAACAACAAAGCACCAGGACAUUGUUCAAACGUAUACAUGCUAAAGACAAAAAUAAUUUGAAGAAGCAAUGGAUCUUCUUGGCACACUCCCAUAUAUUAUCCACAGUGAUUCUGAUUGCAUGUGUCACUUGCUGAAUGGGGCAAAACUUGAUCCAGGUAAAAGAAAGCACCAAGUUGUACUAUUGUAUUCUGCAGUUACAGGUAAUACAGAGUGUAUACAGACACUACUGGAUGUAGGAAUGAGUGAGGAAUGGCAGUCAAUUAAAGACAAUCUUGAAGAUCAACCAGUCUUAACAUGGACAGCUAAAUAUGCAAGUCAAGACUGUAAGAAACUUCUCAAGAAAUACAGCCCUAAUUUAAAUAUGUGUAGCCUUUUGAUCCAGCAUGCUUUGUACUUUGCAGCAGAGGGAAAUCACAUUGAAUGUGUGAAAAUAUUACUGAAAUACAUUGAAACAUCUGAUCUGGAUUUUGAACCUAGAUUGUACAUUGAUCCAUUAUGUGUAGCCAGUGAAAAAGGAUUUGCAGAAAUCGUGAAAUGCAUACUUGGAAAAGAAGUGAAUAUAAACGGAUGUUAUGGUUGGCCACUGAGAGAGGCAGCCAUGUCAGGGAAAUUAACUUGUGUACAAGUGCUAUUGGAUAAUGGAGCAAGUAUGGCCCCACCAGGGAUAGAAACCAUAUUAACAACAGCUAUAUGGAGAUCCAGAGAGAACAUUGUGUUAGAAUUACUUGAAAGAGGAGCUAAUCCAAAUCAGAAAUGUGAAAUAGGUUCAAGAAGAUAUCCAAUGGAGAUACUGAUGAAAAAUGUAUUGAAUGGUGAACAGUGCAAAAAGGUAGAUUUACAGAUUUUAAAACAUAUGCUCAAAUAUGGGGCUUUGUUAGAUGUUUGUAAAUUAAGCAAAGGCACAUAUUGCACAUUUUUAAAUAUGAAAUGUGCACAUAUCGUAUUGAUAAAUGUAGCCAUAACAACAAGCUGCCUUUCCUGUGCACAGAAAAUAUACAUAAAGUCGCAGGAAAUAUUCAAAAAUGAACCUGAACAAAAGGAACAACUUAGAAUUGUACAUACAAAGAGUGUGUCUCUUAAAAACCAAGCAAUGAGAUGUAUUCGUAAAUGUCUCAACUCAUCCGGUAAACUUUCUCAUACCAAAAACUUCAUCAGAAAAGUCCAGAAUUUGCCUCUCCCAACUGAGAUGAAGAAUGACAUUCUCUAUACUGGGGUAUGCAGAGAUAUAUCAGAAACAAUCAACACAUUAUCAAGAGAGAGGAAAGAGUAGUAGAGACAUGAGUGAAAUUGGAGGCAAGUAGAGAUCUUUGGAAGGACAAGGUGCAAUUAUUGGCAAAUAUCCCUAUGGUCAAAAUGAAUCAUUCGUAGGUGUAACAUGAAGAAUAAAAUGUCAUAUAAUACUUUGGAAAAUAUUAAAGUGCUCGGACACACAUAAGCUGAGAUAGGGAUCAUUUCGUUCAGUAAGGUUGUAUUGACUUACAUGGGGCUGUGCACCAUUGACUUAACAUGAGGAUAUCAGCAGAUCCCAAUAGAGGCCAUUGGUUUCCAUUGAUUAUCACAGAAAUACCAAAAAUACACUAUGACCUGAAUCGAUUGCAAACUUAAUAAUUUCACAAUACGACACAAAUGGUUUAUCUCAUCAAAUGUGCAAAUAUGAAGUUUGCAAUCGAUUCAGGUCAUACUUAAAAUUAAAAGAUUGUACAUUUUUUCAUCAUUUUUUCCCCUACAAAAUGGCUAUAGAAAAAUGCUCCAAAAACAACUUUUACACUUAUCAAAUAU